GAACAAGAUGAACAAGAUGGGGUCCCUCUGUUUCGAAAUGCAUACAUAGGACUUUUUAAUCACGCAUUGCAAUAGGGGAACAUGUAGGUCUUAUGUUGUUUCUCACUACCACCAAUUACUACUUACCUACAUACAAACGUACCUACUUACAUGUGUAUGUAGGUUUUUAUGUUGCAAAAGUGGGAGGACCCUUACCACAAGUCUUUUUAUUGGAUUUAGAGAGAGGGUUACAUACCUUUUCCCGGCUCAAAUCCUCGAAUUUCUGGUUUCUCUCUCUCGGUCGUUUUGGUGCGGAUUUGCCGCUAGCCCUGCCAUUCCCCUGCAUGACGAAUCGACGAAUAACUUCGCGCCAACCAUUCUCUGCUUAGCUUUGCAGGCGUGUGGCAUGGGACGACUGACCUAUCAUACAACGUCUUCCAACCCAAACCAGCCCAGCCAGCCAGCAGCAGGCCC